AAUCACAGCUUCCGCGACUUUUAUUACAUCAAAUACGUCACUUCCGGUUGUUUCAGGCUUUCCGCCGUUGCUUUUGUCCCCCUUCAGGUUGUAUCUGCUUCACUCCAGCUCAGUCAGCAUUGCGUCACCGCUGAGUGAGCCCUGGCUGAGAAGAUAAUGUCCCGCGGUUGAAGAUGGGUGGCAGCGGCUCCAAAGGUAGAAGUUACUGGCCGUUUUCCGGCUCCAGCGGCGGCGAUGAGGCCAAAGAGGGAGGAGGAGAGCAGGUGCUGGCCAGAGCGCGCAACUUCCCCAACGGUACACCGUUCGUGUUUACCAGGAGGAGCUCGAUGUACUUUGACGAAGACGGAGACUUGGCUCACGAGUUCUACGAGGAGAUGGUGGUGACAAAGAACGGACGCAAGAGAGCCAAGCUGAAGAGGAUCUACAAGAACCUCAUACCUCAGGGAAUUAUAAAGCUGGAUCAUCCUCGUCUCCAUGUAGAUUUUCCUGUCGUUAUAUGUGAGGUUUGAUGAAGGAUGAACUCUGAUCCCCCACAACCGUGUGUGUGUGUGUGUGUGUGUUAGAGAGAGAGUUAGAGAGUCACAUGCAUGAACUGUGAUCACUGAUGUGGGUUGAUGCUUUAGUACCUCUUUUUGCUCCGUGUGUUUUUUUUUUUUUUUUAUGGUUAUGGAAGUUCUAGAGCUCACACCUGUAACAUUGCGCUGCUCUAGAACCCUGAAUCUUACGGUUCUAGAAUUAUUAUAAAUGUCCUCUUUGAGCCGUUCUAGAAUAGAACACUAUCUGUGAGGCUGUGGAACCCGAGGGGAUGUGUGUUCGUGUGUGCGCGCACGCGUGUGUCGCACGUCCUCACAAUCCACCCGCGGCUCGCAGGGACACGAGGCGCGCAGCCACCCUGCUCUGAUUGGCAGGUUAAUAUUUUUUUUAAUCAUUAUUACUCUGUGAUUUGAUUGGGUAGCUGUACAGAACACUCACUGUGACCACGCCCACUUCACUUCUGUAGCGAGGAAUUUGUCACUGUUAAUUUAUUACAAUCAGAUUGCUUUGUUUGUGUUUUUGUUUUUUUAAAGAAAUAACACCUAUAAAUGCAUAAGGCUGUGUGUC